GCGACGAUUUAAAUUUAAAUUUAAAUUUUUUUAUUUUUUGCCACGCCGAUACCUUCCUCUACCCGCGUAGUACUUGAUCAGAACUCCAAUCACUCCGGGGAAGCCCUGUCUCGCUUCGAAGUUCAAACCCAAACACAAAUGUCAAUUCCAAGGCCCGCUUUAUUGUUCUUUACUUUCUUUUACUCCCCCCAAUUUUAGCUUCGCUGCCGUCUUUCAACUCUAUAUCGCCGGUCUCCGUGUCGGAAAUGUCAAUAUCAUCAGCCCCAAGCUUCAACCUCUCAACUUUCUCCAAUGGCGGAGCUAACUAUACAACUACGAAUAAGGUGAUAGGGACUAGAGCCUUCGCUUGUCUUAAAUAUAUUAAUAGCAUCGAAUCUCGUUUGAAAUUAACUUCACCGGUAUCAGUUCAUACGCACUUUUUAACUUUCACGAACCGCGACUUUUCGGUUCGCUGCGUUAGGCCGGAUUCUACGGGGAACACAAUUAGUGGUUCACUGGAAGGGGAAAAAGGUAAUUUUGAUGAUGAAUCUAGGGUUGUAGAGAUUGGAAGUGGUGAUCGACAGAUAGAUGACUUCGGCGGCGGCGGCGGAGAUAAUGGAGGCGGUGGUUCAUUCGGUGGCGGCGAUGGCGGUGAAGGUGACAGUGAAGAUGAAAGAGAGUUUGGGCCAAUAUUGAAGUUUGAGGAUGUGAUGAAGGAAGUGGAAGCUAGAGGAGUGGAGCUGCCUCCAGACAUGAUGGAAGCUGCGAAAAGGAAUGGAAUCCGGAAAUUGUUCCUUCUUCGUUACUUGGAUUUGCAGGAAUCAGUUUGGCCACUUGGCUUUUUAAUAAAAUACUGCUCUAUGCUCCGGAACCGAAUGCUCGCUGAUCCUUCAUUUCUUUUCAAAGUUGGAACUGAGAUAGUAAUUGAUUCUGGCUGCGCAACAUAUGCGGAAAUGAAGAAAAGGGGAAAGGAUUUUUGGGCAGAGUUUGAGUUGUACUUUGCCGAUCUUUUGGUCGGUAUAGUGGUUGACAUUGCUUUAGUUGGUAUGUUAGCACCAUAUGCUCGUUUUGGUCAACCAUCCGCAUCCAGAGGAUUAUUUGGUAGCUUCCAGCGUGCUGCCUCUGUUCUUCCUAGCAGUGUUUUUGAAGCUGAAAGACCAGGAUGUAAAUUCUCAGUGAAACAACGGAUUGCAACAUAUUUUUAUAAGGGUGUUUUGUAUGGCUCAGUAGGGUUCGGCUGUGGUAUUGUUGGCCAAGGCAUUGCAAAUCUGGUAAUGACUGCCAAAAGGAGCAUAAGGAAAUCAGAUGAUGACAUUCCUGUGCCACCUCUUCUAAAAAGUGCUGCUCUUUGGGGUGUUUUCCUCGCGGUAUCUUCCAACACCCGUUAUCAAAUUAUUAAUGGAUUAGAGCGUCUGGUAGAAGCAUCGCCUGUGGCGAAGCAGGUUCCACCAGUUGCAAUGGCCUUCACAGUAGGUGUGCGGUUUGCCAAUAAUAUAUAUGGUGGUAUGCAAUUUGUAGAUUGGGCCAAAUGGAGUGGAGUGCAAUAGAGCAAAGCAAUAUCCAUCUUUCUGCCAGAUCGGAAGACCCACCACCAGCCAGUGUGGCCAUGACAAUCACAAAAAUGACACCCAGAGAUAGGAACAAAAUUAAAGAAUUAGAUACAUAGGGUGGUUGAAUGAUUUUUCCGUUAAGAGAAGCUUUCUUUUCUUCAUCUUCAUCAGGCUUUCGAUCAUGACAAGCCAUUUGCAUGGAUUACUAGAAUUCCGUGUUUUAGGUCAGUAUUGCUGUUCAUGUGGAGUUUUUCUUUUUUAGAAAAUUCCCCUCUUAAUACUUGGACUUAUAAAUUAUUUUAACUGCCUUUUCCUUAAUAAAUUAAAAUAUAAACUAAAUAUGUUUUGGAUA